AUGGGGAAACACAACAGCAAGCUGGCCCCGGAGGUCCUGGACGACCUGACCAAGAACACGGAAUUCAACGAGGCCGAGCUCAAGCAGUGGUACAAAGGCUUCCUCAAGGACUGUCCCUCCGGCAUCCUCAACUUGGAGGAGUUUCAGCAGCUCUACGUCAAGUUUUUUCCAUAUGGCGAUGCGUCCAAGUUCGCCCAGCACGCUUUCAGGACCUUCGACAAAAAUGGCGACGGGACCAUCGACUUCAGGGAGUUCAUCUGCGCGCUGUCCAUCACGUCCAGGGGCAGCUUUGAGCAGAAGCUCAAUUGGGCCUUCAACAUGUACGACCUGGAUGGCGAUGGCAAGAUCACCCGCGUGGAGAUGCUGGAGAUCAUCGAGGCCAUUUACAAGAUGGUGGGCACAGUGAUCAUGAUGCGCAUGAACGAGGACGGCCUGACCCCGCAGCAACGCGUCGACAAGAUCUUCUCCAAGAUGGACAAAGACCACAAUGACGAGAUCUCGCUGGAGGAGUUCAAGGAGGCCGCCAAAUCAGACCCCUCCAUUGUCCUACUGUUGCAGUGCGACAUGCAGAAGUAG